AUGACUAGGUUAAGGGUGGUGAUAUUACUAAAACUUGUGGCCUUUCUGCUGGUUAUUUUGAUUCAUCAAUGCUCAGCGUCAAUUUUCGAUCAGACAAGUCAAAAACGGUGCGAGCCAAUCCAAAUUCCGUUAUGUGCAGACAGUCGUUAUAAAUAUACGUUUUUCCCAAAUCCAAUCGUUCAAGCUGAUUUACAGAGCCUCAAAACACAGGCGGACCACUUUAAACCACUACUUAGGAUGGCCUGCCAUCCACAUUUGAAAUUUUUUGUCUGUAGCGUUUUCGCACCAAUGUGUCCAGAACAGAUGCCAAGGGCUGUGACAAGCUGCAGGUCAUUGUGCGAAGAGGUCCGAAGAGAUUGCUCUGGAGUGCUGAACAAUUACAGCAUUGAUUGGCCGGAAUCGUUGAACUGCUCGAAGUUUCCAGAAUCACCGGAGCUAUGUAUGAGCCCAAAAAGUAGCGAAAAAACCGACGGCGAAUAUUCAUCGUAA